GACGCUCGAGCCCUGAAAUGACGACUGCCACUUUAAAUGAGUUCAAAGUUCACCGCUGCACGUGGUUGAAUCAACAUGGCAGCGCCCUGCACGUUUAGUAAGAAGUGGAAUUGAAAGUGUAUAAAAAGCAUCAACAGAGUGAUGGCAGAUGUUAGUGGCAGCCCAGUGGCCGAUACUCCACCCUCAAAGGAGGAGAAGCCCGAUGAGCCUCCCCUGGACUCCAACAACGACGAUGUAAAGCCUGGUGUCGAAGCCGAAGGGGGGAACGAGGAAGCCUCUGACCCCAGCAUGUACCGCUACAUCAAAGAGGACCUCUUCACAUCAGAGAUCUACAAAGUGGAGAUCAGGAAUCUGCCCAAGUUUACCGGCUUUAACGACCUGAAGAAGUUCCUGGCCAAACACAGCCUCAACCCACACAAAAUCAAGUUGUUUGGCAAGCAGACAUUUGCUUUUGUCACCUUUAAGAACGAGGAAGAGCGUGACAAGGCCAUGAAGAUGGUGCACGGCAUGCAGUGGAAGGGCCAGGUGCUGAGCGUCAGGCUGGCCAAACCCAAAGCAGACCCCAUCCAGAGGAAGAGGAAGCAGCUGGAGGAGGGAGAGGGUGCAGGAGGGCAGCCUCCAUCCAAGCGAACAGAGGGGGAUGAGAAAGAGGAGGCGCUCAGUGUCCAGAUAGCCAACGUGGUGACUCCUCUGUGGAAUGUGCCUUAUGAGGAGCAGCUGAGGAGGAAGGAGCAGGAGGUGGUGGGGGUUCUGCAGAGGCUGGCCAAAGAGAUUGGCAGCACCAACAAAGCCAUGUUGCCAUGGCUGUUUGCGCAGAAAGGGAAAUACAACAAAAUGUGUUGUUCUCUGGAAGCUAUCAGACCAUCUCCUACACAGACAGAGUACAGAAACAAGUGUGAGUUCCUCAUAUCGGUGGGUGCAGACGGCGAGGAUAAGACCAUCGGUUUCCGCCUGGGGAAAUAUAAAGGCGGCUCCUGUGCUGUGGUGGCGCCGGCGGAGACGCGCCAUGUCUCAGCCGAGGCCAAGAAAGUGGUCAGCGAGUUUCAGAAGUUCAUCAGGACAACCUCAUACUCGGUGUACAGUCCUGAAACGUAUGAAGGACACUGGAAGCAGCUGACUGUGAGGACCACGAGGACCAAACAAGCCAUGGCUGUAGCGUUCUUCAACCCACAGAAACUUGAAGAAGAGGAAGUUGAUGCAUUAAAGCGCUCCAUGAAGAAGUACUUCACCGAGGGAGAGGGCAAAGACAGCGGCGUAACCUCUCUUUACUUUGUUAGAGAGGGUCAAAGGACUUCUCCUAACCUGGAGGACUUGCCCUGCGAGCUGGUGGCUGGAGAAGGCAGCAUCCACGAGGAACUCCUGGGUCUAAAGUUCAGAAUAUCUCCUCACUCCUUCUUCCAGGUGAAUACAGGAGCUGCAGAGGUGCUGUACUCUGCUGUGGGGGAGUGGGCCCAGCUGGAUGGGGACAGCACAGUGCUGGACGUGUGCUGUGGGACUGGAACCAUCGGCAUCUCUCUGGCUAAGAGGGUAAAGAAGGUGAUUGGGAUCGAACUGUGCCAGGAAGCUGUGGAGGAUGCCAAAGUUAAUGCAAAGCUCAACGGUCUGAGUAAUGUUGAGUUUCACUGUGGGAAAGCCGAGGAUGUGUUCCCCAACAUUCUCAAUGCUCUGGUGUCCCCCAACCUCACAGCCAUUGUGGAUCCGCCGAGGGCCGGCCUACAUUCCAAGGUGAUCCUGGCCAUCAGGAGGGCAGAGCAUCUGAAGAGGCUGGUUUAUGUGGCAUGCAACGCUAAGGCAGCCAUGAACAACUUCAUUGAUCUGUGCAGAGCGCCAUCCAACAGAGUUCACGGGGCCCCGUUCCGUCCGGUGCGAGCCAUGGCCGUGGAUCUGUUCCCUCAGACCAUGCACGUUGAGAUGCUUCUGCUGCUGGAGAGAGUGGACUACGACUCCCAGCAGCAGCAGACCAGCAAGCAAUAAGGAAGAGACCGGGGCUGUAUUUGAAACCGCCUACGACAGUACAUACUACAGAUGAGCGCAGUAUGUACUGUAUAGUGCACUCGUCGGGAUAAUCUGUUAAAUCCAUUUAUUUUGCAGUAUGCUAGGUCAGGCUUAGCCGGUUUUUCAAAACUGAAGUAAACUCAUUUGUUGCGUCACUUUGCAUUGUGCGACACAGUAGGAGAGGUAGAUUGGUCCUACCUCUGGGGAUAUUUGGCAUACUGAAUGCUAGAUUUUGGCCAAAUCAGUACAUACUGCUCUUAUAGUAGGCGGUCUUAACUUGAAACGCACCCUGGCCUCUGAUAGGUAGCAUGGGCUUUCCAUACUAGGAACGUUUGCACACACAGUACUCAAAGGAGCCUUUGAAAUUAACGUUAAAAGCAUUUUUUCCCCUCUGUUUAAGUAAUGUGUAAGCCCCAAUAGUCAUUACUUCAAAGAGUCAGUUCAUCCAAAUAACUAUCUACCACUCACCUGUCCUUAUCUUGUAAUGUAAUAUUAAUUUCAGCUUCAAAUAAACAGUGAGCAGUUUUCUGCUUAUAACUGAGCUUUAUAGACAUUUCCUUUGCCUGUUCCUUUUUAGUCUAAGAACUUUUGUCAGCUGUGUACACUCAAGUGGGUUAUUGAGUCGGUUAUUUUGUCUUAAAACCACAAAGCUAUUUAGGUUUAAAUGUUAGUCUUUGGUUUCCUGGAACUGAUACCUUGUUAAACUGUGGGUACUAUGGAAUAAAUAAAUUAAUCUUCUCUUGUA